UAUUAAUUAUACUCGAUGAUAUGAAGUACAAUUUUUCAGCUCUUAUUUACAUAUGAUGAAUUAAAAGGUGUCACCCUUUAUCGGUUUUUUUUUGAAUUCUUAUAGAUUUGCAUUACUUGAAUUCGAAAACGAACAAGUAGCUGAAAAAAAUCAUGCCAAAUUACAAGGAAAACAAAUUCGAACAUGGAAAAUUCAAGUUGAUUUUGUUGGUGAAAAAUCGAAAUUUGAAAAGAAAACAGAUUUCGCGUUAGAUAAAAAACAACUUUAUAUUAGUCCGAUCAAAGAAACUGUUACUGUCAGCCAAAUGAAACAGUUGUAUCCCAAAUCAAAAUUUGUUAAACUACAAAAACGAAAAGUUGGAAAAAAUAAAGUUAUACAAUUUGCCUUUGUUACAUUUGAUGGUGAAAAAGAUGCUGAACAAGCUUUAAUUGCUCAUACAGAAAUAGGGGGUGAAAAAAUACAUGUCAGUUAUGCUCGUGAACAAAAACCGCAACAACAAAAGACAGCAGAUGAAACAAGUGGUCCACAAAAACAACAACAGAAAAAACAACCAGAGCAAGAAUUUGUGAUGAAUGCUAUCUAUGUUGGUCAAAUACCUGAACAUGUGGAAGAAAGUGAAAUUAAAAAGUUAUUUCCAAAAUCGACCAAUAUUGAAUUUUUUCCAGCACAACCGAGAAAACAAGGCGUCCGACUUGGCCACGCAUUUGUCGUCUUUUCUGAUGAUGCAUCAGCGGCAGCUGCUAUUAAACAAGGCCCUAGUCUAACGUUGAAACAGGCACAAUUGAAAAUAUCUUAUCGUACAAAACGUGCUGAACCACCGAAACGACCAUUACAGCAAGAACAAACUACUCCAACUAAUGCAAAAAAACAAAAAGUUGAAAAAAGUGAAACUGAAACACAAAUCAAAAAGCAACAGCAAACAACACCUAAUACUCCACAACAAAGCGUUAAAAAAGCUCAACAAC